CCGACUGGGCACGCGCGGGCGGGAGGAGAGACCGCGGCUGGACGCGGGGUGGGCGGUCCCCGACGCCGCGGCCCCAGGCGUAUAUCCCUCACCGCCCGGGCGUCCCGUCCUCCCCUCUGGCCUCGCGGGAUUGGCGGGGCGGGUCCGCGGACGGGCCCGGGAGGGGCGGAGCCCGCGGGAGUGCGGGGAGGAAGGCCGCGCAGGGGUAGGUGGUGCCCGAACCAGGUCCCAGGAGGAGAUGGAGUGUCCGUGUUGGAAGUUUCCCCCCAACAGGCACAGAUCUCACCGGGAAGCUGAACACAGUCCUUUCAUGCUGCCUUGGAACGGGUGUUGAAAACCCAGAUAGCCGCAGGGAUGGGCAGGAUUCUGCCCUAUCCCUCAGCUCUGCAUUUGAUGGCUGGGGUCCUGGGGAUCUUGUUUUCCUCUGACUGUUGGGAUUCCUGUUACCAUCAUAUGAAUUCUUCCCCCGGCCACAUCACCAUCCCACCAUCUGGAGUUGUGCUAAGGAAUCUGGGUUUAGACACCUGAGUAUCAAGUUCUUUCCCUGAGGAAUUCUCCGACCUUGGUGGAUUGUGGACUCUGUUUGGGGUAUCUCUUUUUGGCAUGAUACUCUCCUGACAAAUCUGUACAUAACGUAUAGUAUUUCCAUUUCUGGAAACACCCUGCUGCCUCAAUUCAGAGCCAUCAAGCCUGUACCCACAAAAGUGUCUCCCAGCCUUGGGAGCACCCAGGUUCAUUUGGACUCACUGUUUUUGUUUUUGUUUUUUUUUCCGGAAAUAUGUGGCUCUCAGCUCAGGCAAUGUCAAAACAGCCCAGGCCUACAGACCUCCCAGGAGGGCAGAACUUUUUUUUCUUACCCACGAAGCAGGACUCACGUGGUUGGAUAGGAAACCUUGUCUUUAUUGCUGGGAUCUUCCAUAUAAUAUUCACAUGACUCACGUGCCAAGUCAUUUAUGCUGGCGUGGCUUCAUUCCAGGUACCCUCCGCUCUCCCUUCCCCAGUCCCGAUGUGGCUGCCAGGAAUGGUCCCUGUGUCUGCAGCUGGCGUUGUCUCAAGAGGUAGCGACCUUUGGCGGGUAUGACCGAGGACUAAAGGUGUUUGGAAGCCUCUGGAAGGACUGCUGAAGGGUGCAGGGACACAAUGCUGGACAAUUAUGAGAAUGUGGUCACUCGGGGAUCCUUCUUACAGCUCUCCAUGAUGCCCCAGAAAGCUGGAAAUGACUCCCCUGGUGUUUCCAGCACAAGUGAAACGGAAAUGGAGAUAAGUGACAUGAGAGAAAAGUUUCUUACAAGUGUGACAAAGUUAGUAGAAAGCAAAAGUUACAACAGCAAGGUGUUUUCCAAAGAAAAGUACUUUCAAACAAUAAAGGAAGUCAAAGAAGCCAAGGAAAAGGGGAAGAAGUCAUCACGCGACUACCGCCGCGCAGCAAAAUAUGAUGUGAUCUCUGUGCAAGGCACGGAGAAGCUAAUAGAGGCCGCUCACAGGGAACGUGAUCGAAUACGGUAUUACGUACAUAAAGAAGAGUUGUUUGACAUUCUUCACGACACACACCUCAAUAUUGGACACGGUGGGCGGACACGGAUGCUCAAGGAGCUACAAGGAAAAUACGGGAAUGUCACCAAAGAAGUCAUUGUCCUGUAUCUGACACUCUGUAAACAGUGCCACCAGAAGAACCCAGUGCCCAAGAGAGGUCUUGCGCCCAAGCCCAUGCCUUUUAAGGACAUCGACUCCAGAUGCCAAGUUGAAGUAUUUGACAUGCAGUCAAAUGCCGAUGGUGAGUUCAAGUUUAUUUUGUAUUACCAGGACCACUCGACCAAGUUUAUCAUCUUACGACCGUUAAGAGCUAAACAGGCCCACGAGGUGGUCAGUGUCCUGUUGGAUAUUUUCACAAUUCUCGGUACCCCCGGCGUGUUAGAAUCUGACAGCGGCGUAGAGUUCACAAACCAGGUUGUUAAUGAGCUCAAUGAGGUAUGGCCGGAGCUGAAGAUCGUCUGUGGUCAGCACCGCCCUGGCCAAGGCCAGGGCUCCCUGGAGCGAGCGAGCCGUGACGUCAAGAACAUGAUACGUGCCUGGAUGCGGAGUCACCGCUCACGCCGCUGGGCCGAAGGCCUGCGGUUUGUGCAGCUGGCGAGGAAUCAGGUGUUCGACGUUUCCUUGCAGCAAAGUCCAUACGAAGCGAUGUUUGGCUGUAAGGCCAAACUCGGCCUGUACUCCUCACACUUACCCCGCGAAACCGUGGCCGUCUUACAGACAGAGGAAGAGCUGGAAAUUGCGGAAAAACAGCUAGAAAGCAGCCUUUGGAUCAGGCAGGAAGAAAGGACUGAGAUGGGAGCAGACAGAUCUGAUAUGGAUGAGGACAUCGAUCCCACGCCUCCGGAACCUACAGAGCCCGGCACCUCACAGGGGGCCCCAGGCCUCUUCUGCUGGUGAACGGGCGCCUGCUGGGUGCCGUCCAGCCAUCUGAGAACUGGCGCCAGAUUCCCCGGGGAAAGGAACACGAAGGCUGCGCUCUCCACAGUCGCUCACGUUGUCCACGGCAGUGCUUGCAACGAGGGGAAAAGCGGGCCGGGUCCGUAACCAAUGACCACAAACUUGGCGGCUUAACAGGAAUAUACCAUACCCUUCGGCAGCUCUGGAGGCCAGAAGUUCAAGAUCAAGGUGUCGGCAGGGCUUGUUGCUUCUGGAAGCUCGGAGAGAAUCCGUCCCGUGCCUUUCUUCUCUCCCUGGUGGCCGCUGGCAGUCCUCUGCGUUCCUUGGCUUCCUCGAGUCUCUGCCUCGUCUUCACGUGGAGCUUCACCUGGACUUUCCCCCUCUGUCUCUCUGCGAUCUCCUUUUCUGUCUCUUAAAAGGACACCACGGCGUACCAACCCCAUGCCAUUGGAUUUAAGGUCCUCCCCAAUCAGGGAUGAUCUCCUCUCGACAUCCUCACCUUAAUUGUAUCUGCAAAGACCCUUUGUCCGAGUGAGCUCCAAUUCACGGAUGUUGGGGGUUUGGACUUGGACGUACCUUUCUUGGGACACAGUUCUAUCAACUACAGCCAGUAGAAGAGUAUUUCUGCCUGCAGAACCUGAACCGAUGGGGUCUUAAGUGUGGUGCCCUACGUACAUCUAGUACGUAUUCCUUCUGCCAAGCCCCCCUCCUGAGACAACAUCCCGAAAGGUGGGGGCAUCGGAGGAAGAGGUGUAGUGAGAAAAGAGGAGAGCGGCCACCUCGGCAUCUGAGCUCUAUUUCCUACUUCAAGAAGAACUGUAUGUGCCACCCCUGCUGUCACAAUGGCAUGCGCCAUUAAGAACUUGUGAUGGGGCACCUGGGUGGCUCCAUUGGUUGAGCCUCUGACUUUGGCUCAGGUCGUGAUCUCACGGUUCAACGCGGUUCGUGGGUUCAAGCCAGCGUCAUUUAUUUUUGGCUCUCAAAAAUAAAUGAACGUUGAAAAAACAUUUAACGUGCAAAAAAAAAAAAAAAAAAAAGGAAAAAAAUAAUUUGUGAUAAAAGCGACAUUCCACGUCUGUGGGGAGGAGUUAUAUUAUUCAGUUAAUGGUGCUGGAUCAGUUAGCUAUCCAUCAGGGAAAUGUGAAGCCUGAUUCUUCAGCAAAACACAAAAGUAUAAAAAUAUGGGGGAGGGGAAAACGGAGGGUUUUUGUGAUCUAGGAAUGGAGAAAGCCUUUGCGAGCAACGCAUGAACUUCAAACGCCAUAAAAGAAAGUUAACUUACUUGCCCUAAUGAACUGUUCAAAUGGCUAUGGAAAAUAAUGCCAUUUGAAACAUGAAAAGAUAAAUGACAUCGGGAGAAAAAAUUUGCAACACUUAAAACACGUAAGGCAUUAAUUUUUAAAAGCGUACUUAGAAAUUAUUAGUGAAAAGAGCAGCCAAUAGAAAGCGAGCAAAGGCUAACCACGGAAUACAAAUCAGCGGGUAGUUCUGCUUAAUGCCGUGCCUGCGUGUGGCUGUGGUGUGAUGGGACCCCGUGGCUUGGAAUCAGAUCCGGGCUGUCAGCUUAAUGUUUAUUUUGAGAGAGAAAGUGCCACGGGGGCAGAGAGAACCUCAGGCAGGGGGAUUCGAUCCGGGGUGCGAUGCCACAACCAUGAGAUCACGACCUGAGCCGAAAUCAAGAGUCAAGACACUCAAUCGACUGAGCCACCCAGGCGCCCCUGGGCUGUCUGUUUAAAUGAAACAGACUCCAGUUAUUUGAAGGUUUUUACUUUUUCCAUUGUGCGCAUGGGAGAAGGGAGAAGUGCCUGGUGCUUCUAUAUUUAACAAACCUGACUGGUAAGGAGAUAUAGUAGUUGCUACAUUAUUUUCAAGGCAGCUGUAUUCGUUUCCUGGGGCUGCCCUAACAAACGGGGGCAGGGGGGUGCUUCAACAACAGAAAUGUAUCGUGUCACAGUUCUGGAAGCCAGAAGUCCCAAGAUCGAGGUGCCAGCAGGUUUGGUUCCUUCCCAGGGCCGUGAGGGAGACUUCGCGUCUCUCCUAGCUUCUGGUAGACUCGGGUGUUCCUUGACUUGCAGAUGACAUUCUCUUUGUGCCUUCACAUUUGUGUGUGUGUGUCUCCCUCCGUAGCCCCCGUCUUACGAGGACCCUGUUGUGUAGGAUGAGGGCCCACCCUAGUGAUGUCCUUUUAACUCCAUCUUCUGCCUCCUUAUUUGGAAAUAAGGUCACAUUCAAAAGUACUGGGAGGUAUGACUUCAACCUUUUUGGGAGGGGUGAGGGGGACAGAGUUCAGCCUGUAGCAGCAACCAAUCAGAAGGACUAUCGAUUUCAGAGGUAAGUCUUGGAA